AUGAAUGAGAACAACUAUGAGCCUGGACUCUACGAAAGUGAUGUCCUUCCUUGCCAUGGAUCGAACUGGCCUUGCGUGAUUCGUGCAGUGCUUUCUCAAGAACAAGGGAUCGCUCGACGUUGCUCGUAUGGUGGUGAUUUGGUUUGUGAAUUCCUUCUGAUUUGCUUUCUUCCUUGGAGAGGAUCGCCUAUCGAGACGACGAUUACGAUGAUUACCACAUUCACAACAAUGACGAUUACGAUGAUAACGACAUUCACAACAAUGACAAUGAUGACGACAACGAGAUUCAAAAGGAAGCCUGCAAGAUCCCAUUCUCUUCAACUUGUGUAUUUUUGGAUGUUGGUGUGA